AUGUAUAUAAAUCCAAAUCAAUAUUUUUCGACAUAUAAAGAAAUCAAACGAACGUCGUCAUCACAUUCAACUUGUAAAUUAGUAAUAUUUGUAUCAGGUUUAGAUGUUGAUUCAUUAUGUGCAGCUAAAUUAUUUAGUUUAUUAUUAAAAAAAGAAUUGAUACAGUUUCAAAUAAUUCCAGUCACUGGGUAUAAUAAUUUAAAAUAUCAUUAUUUAAGGCUAGAUGCUGAUAUAAGUAAUAUACUAUUGAUUGGAUGUGGUGCUAUGUUGGAUGUUGAAAAUUUCCUUGAUAUCAAUCCAAAUGAAUUACUAGAUACAGACUUUGAUACUUCACCAACAAAUGAUGAAAAUUUAAACAUUAUACAAAAACAUAAAUUCAAGAGAAAAAUUUACAUAAUAGAUGGUCAUAGACCUUGGAAUUUAGAUAAUUUAUUUGGAUCAGAAAUUGUGGUGUGUUUUGAUGAUGGAUUUGUUGAUGGUAAUUUAAUUGAAGAGAAGAAAGCUUAUGAGAUAUUGAUACUACAAGAAGACCUGGAAUCUGAUUCAGAUUCAAAUUCAGAUUCUGAUUCUGAUGGUGCUAAUACCGAUACAGAAGUUGAUAUUUCGGAAACUGAAUAUCAAGAAAAUUCGCAAGAUUCGUUAGAAUCCGUAACCAGAAAGAGAAAACUAAAAGAACUUCAUUCAAAACAACUAAAGAAAAAACAAAAAUUAGUGAAUGAAUCAAUAUUACAAAAUUACUACAAUCAAGGAUCAACAGUCACAAAUUCAAAUUCAACUACAGUUUAUGCCAUAUUAACAUCAAUUGGUGAAACAAAUUUAGAAAAUCUAUGGAUCACAAUAAUAGGAACAUCAUCAUUAGAUAAUCAAUUCCCCGAUGUUUAUGAUAAGUUACAACCACUACUCAAAGAUGAAGUAAUGAGAUUAAACCCUCAACAUCAAUCAACCAAAAAAAAAGCUGAUCAUACAAUGCUUAGAAUUGAAAGAGAUUAUCAAUUAUUUUUACUACGACAUUGGACUUUAUAUGAUUCGUUUUUUUAUUCAAGUCAUGUAAAUUCAAAAUUAAAUCUAUGGACUGAUGAAGGUAAAAAGAAAUUACAUAAAUUAUUUGCAAAAAUGGGAGUUUCAUUGGCUGUUGCACAACAAAAAUGGCUUUAUAUGGAUACAAAAGUUAAAAGACAAUUACCAAUAAUUUUCAGGAGGUAUUUACCAAUAUAUGGACUAGAAGGUAUUAUAAGGGAGGGGUUUGUUAAGACUUAUGGAUAUACUGGUUCAUUAUCAGCAAUGGAAUGUGUUGAAGCAUUAAGUGCUUUGUUAGAACUUGAUGAAAAAUUUAUACAAGAAUCAAAUAAAUUAAAUGAAGAAGAUAAAAAAACUUCAAAUAAUGUUUUGAAUAACAAUACAAGUAAUGAAGAAGAACUUAUAAGAAAAAGAAUGGAAAGAAAAGAAGAUUCUUGGUUGAAUAAUUUUUGGUCAUCAUGGGAUGCAUUAAAUUUAACAAAAUCUUUAAACUCCACUACUGAAAAUUCAUCACCAUUUACUAAAUUAAAAGGGAGUGAAUUAUUAUUUAAAGGUUUGGAAUAUGCAAAACAAUUACAACAAAUUACUUUUAGAACAGGAAUGUCAUUACUCGAGAGAAAAAUGAUAAAAAACUUGAAAUUAUAUAGAUUAUGUGUUUUAAAUGAUGGAUCAAUUCCAGAUUUAGAAAUUUUUUUAAAUCCAUUAAUGUUAUCAAAAUUAGGUUCAUGGUUAAUUGAAAAUUUAGCAGAAUUAGAUUUUUUGAAUGGUAUAAACAAUUUAAAACCUUUGAUAGUUGCAAGUUUAGAUUCUAAAAGUGAUACUUAUUUGGUGAUUGGUUUACCACCUCGUUAUCCAAGAAGUAUGAAUAAUUCAGAGAAAGCAAAAUUGAUACAAGAACAUAGAGCAAAUGGAGAUAAUACUCUUACUAUUGAAUCUUUAAAUACUAGAUUAAAUACUUUUAGUACUGCUUUCCAACAAUUGAGUAAUACUUCUGGUGCUAAGAUUAGAGUUGAUAAUUUUGAAAGUUCAAUCAUUGAAAUUAGAAAAGAUGAUUUAGCUCCAUUUUUAGAGAAGUUGACUUUAAGUGGUCUUAUAUAA